AGGAAGUGCUGCGAGAGGGAGCGUGAGGGCGCGAGGGAGCGCGGCGCGGCCGGGCGCCGCGUGCGCGAGCCGGGUUGCAGCCCAGCAGGGACUUUCCAGCCGGCGGCGGCGGCGGCCGCCGGCCCUUCCCCGCCCCCCGACAUGGGGCUGCCCGGGGAGCAGGACGCUGCGGACCGCGGCGGAGGACGCGCCCGGAGCCCCUGAGCCGGCGAGCGGCGGCGGACCGCGGGACCUCUCUUCCGCACCAUGGAGCCGAGCAAGAAGACGGACGCCGCGGGCCCGCUGCAGACCAACCCGCCGCUCAGGCUGCACCCGGACCGCGGCGCGCCCGUGCUGGCGCCCGAGCAGGGCGGCUACAAGGAGCGCUUCGUGAAGCCCGUGGAGGACAAGUACAAGUGCGAGAAGUGCCGGCUGGUGCUGUGCAACCCGAAGCAGACCGAGUGCGGGCACCGCUUCUGCGACAGCUGCAUGGCCGCCGUGCUCAGCUCCGCGGGCCCCAAGUGCACGGCGUGUCAAGAAGGCAUCGCUAAAGACAAGGUGUUCAAGGAUAACUGCUGCAAGAGGGAGAUCCUGGCCCUCCAGAUCUACUGCAGGAACGAGGGGCGCGGCUGUGCGGAGCAGCUGACGCUGGGCCACCUGCUGGUGCACCUGAAGAACGACUGCCAGUUCGAGGAGCUGCCGUGCGUCCGCGCCGACUGCAAAGAGCGGGUCCUGAGGAGGGACCUGCGCGACCACGUGGACAAGGCCUGCAAGUACCGCGAGGCCACGUGCAGCCACUGCAAGAGCCAGGUCCCCAUGAUCACGCUGCAGAAACACGAAGACACGGACUGUCCCUGCGUGGUGGUGUCCUGCCCUCACAAGUGCAGAGUCCAGACCCUCCUGCGGAGCGAGUUGAGUGCGCACUUGUCAGAGUGUGUCAAUGCCCCCAGCACCUGUAGUUUUAAGCGCUAUGGCUGCGUUUUUCAGGGGACGAACCAGCAGAUCAAGGCCCACGAGGCCAGCUCCGCGGUGCAGCACGUGAACCUGCUGAAGGAGUGGAGCAGCUCCCUGGAGAAGAAGGUCUCUCUGCUGCAGAACGAAAGCGUGGAGAAAAACAAGAGCAUCCAAAGUCUGCACAACCAGAUAUGCAGCUUUGAGAUUGAAAUCGAGAGACAGAAGGAAAUGCUCCGAAACAACGAAUCCAAAAUACUGCAUUUACAGCGAGUAAUAGACAGCCAGGCAGAGAAGCUGAAGGAGCUGGACAAGGAGAUCCGCCCGUUCCGGCAGAACUGGGAGGAGGCGGACAGCAUGAAGAGCAGCGUGGAGUCCCUCCAGAACCGCGUGACCGAGCUGGAGAGUGUGGACAAGAGCUCGGGGCAGGCAGCCCGGAACACAGGUCUGCUGGAGUCCCAGCUGAGCCGGCACGACCAGAUGCUGAGCGUGCACGACAUCCGCCUGGCCGACAUGGACCUGCGCUUCCAGGUGCUGGAGACGGCCAGCUACAACGGGGUGCUCAUCUGGAAGAUCCGCGACUACAAGCGGCGGAAGCAGGAGGCCGUCAUGGGGAAGACGCUGUCGCUGUACAGCCAGCCCUUCUACACGGGCUACUUCGGCUACAAGAUGUGCGCCCGCGUCUACCUGAACGGGGACGGCAUGGGGAAGGGCACGCACCUGUCGCUCUUCUUCGUCAUCAUGCGCGGCGAGUACGACGCGCUGCUGCCCUGGCCCUUCAAGCAGAAGGUGACGCUCAUGCUCAUGGACCAGGGCUCGUCGCGGCGCCACCUGGGGGACGCGUUCAAGCCGGACCCCAACAGCAGCAGCUUCAAGAAGCCCACCGGGGAGAUGAACAUCGCCUCCGGCUGCCCGGUGUUCGUGGCCCAGACCGUGCUGGAGAACGGGACGUACAUCAGGGACGACACCAUCUUCAUCAAGGUCAUAGUGGAUACGUCGGACCUGCCCGACCCCUGACGCGCCCCCGGGCAGGCGGAUCGAGCAGAAGGCAACUCCUCUCGGGGUUUGAGCCGCUGUCCCCACCGAGGUCCUCGCGCUCCGGCGGCGGGGACCCCGCGGGCAGAGGAAGCGGCGGAAGGCGGCCGCGGGCCUGUGGGAGGAGCCGCGCGGGAGGACGUUUUCUCACAGACUCGCGACACUUCACCGGAGAAUUAUUUAUCCUUCGACGAGAUAAAUACUGCUGUCCGAGGAGGUCUCCAUUUCCAUUUCUACAGAUCCAGUUAAGUAAGGCGGAAAACACACAUGCUGAGGGAGAGAACCGUGAUCUUUCUUCCCGAAACUUGAACACCAAAACAAAAGAGACCACACCCACCCACACACACACACCUGGGACGGCCGGACGCGUCAGCAUGCCGCGUGCGAGGAGCGUUGAUGAAAUGGUAAUGCAGUUCCUAUAUAUCCAUUCUCAGACCCAAGAGUGCAAUCUUGUUUCAAAUACAACAUAUUGUCUAUUU